UUGGACUGGAAAGGAGGAGAUCGGUCUCAUCUCGCAUGUAAAUGUAAUCGUUGAUUCUAAUAAUUGACAAUCGAUACCGGUUCCCAAAGCAUGGCUUUCACAAUGUUGAGGCCGAUGUCCGCCCAUCCCUUCUCGUUGACGGUGGACCUGACGGUGACGUCGGACGAGGAGGACGACGACAACAGCAGCGAGCGGGGCGAGCAGGUCUACGGCUGCUGCGGAGCAUCGGGUCCCGGCCAUGCUUUGGUCCCGCAGCGGAACGCCGCCAACGCCAGGGAGCGGCAUCGAACCCAGAAUGUCAACACGGCUUUCAGCGCACUGCGGACGCUUAUUCCCACAGAACCAGUGGACAGAAAACUGUCCAAGAUCGAAACGCUGCGCCUCGCAUGCAGUUACAUUUCACACUUGGCCAACGUGCUGGUGUUAGGCGACGGCACCGACGACGCUUCGCCGUGCCUGGGAUCGGUCUACCGGGACGUGAGGGGGCAGCCUCGGAGUAUCUGCACAUUCUGUCUCAGCCAGCAGCGAAAAGGGGUGAAAGACAGACGAGGUUGUGUGAAAAUUCACGGAGGAUCAGCGAGGAAACUCAGUUCACGAUAAAACUGCCUUGUAUGUGACAUUCAAAGACACUUCCUUGUCGUUUGAAGCGUGCCCAAAGCAAUCUUUAGUUUCAUACCAUCAUCAUUCAUGUAGACAUGCACACAAACAUCAUCUACUAAGCAAUUAUAAAUGUCAUUUUUGUGUAAACGUUUACAAAUCAAAUCAUUUUAAUCAUGUACAGUAUAUCUUGGUCAAAAUAGAUAUGUUUUCUGCUCAGUAGUGCCCCCCAGUGCACAUGUCCAUCAUGACAGCCAUCAAAGAACCUCUAUUACAGUGUGAGAUGUACAGCUAGUCGACUAACUUUGCAAUUUUUGCUUUAGUGAUGUUUUCUCUGUGGUCCAAUUCAUCCUUCACAAGCUUCUCUUUUGCAUUUUAUUCCUGGAAUAUACAAAUAAAGAACAAGCUGCGAGGCACAAACGGCCCCAGAAACGCAUUUUGGACACCCUUGCCACAAGUAGUAUUUAUUUGUCACCUGCUAAUGUUUCACAGGAUGUCAUACUUGAAUUAAAGUCCCUUAUACAACAAUUACAUUAGGAGAAGCCUGGAAGGAGCUGCUAUUGUACUUAAGUACAGUGGUACCUCAGUUAGCGUACGCCCAGGUUAACAUAAAAGAUUUCGCCUCGGUUUGCAUUAAUUUGUCCAUCUCAUGAUUUAAUUCCAAAUACUGAUAUUAAAUUAUGGAACGGAUGAUACAUUUACAUUCAUAAAACAAUUCUAAAUGCAUAUAACUUAUGAACGAAAGGGACAAAUGAGCAUUUAAGGUGUUGCCAUGAGUUCUAAAAAGGUGUUUUAUGUUUUUGGCUUUCUGGAACGGAUUAAUUGGAUUUACAUUAUUUCUUAUGGGAAGAACUGAUUGGGUUAGAGUACAUUUCAGUUAGAGUCAUACCUUCUGGAACGGCUUUAUGACGUUAACCAAGGUUCCACUGUUUAAGUAAAAAUCUAUAGAAAGUGUUGUUAUCGAGCAGUCAGGUUAAGUAUUAAAAAUGUGUUUUUUUUAAGGUUUGUAUACUUUCUUGCUAUACGACAUGGCUGUUGUUUUGUAUGUUUUGGUUGUCAUCUUGUCAACUGCUAAUGAUAUCAACAAUUUGUGUUGUUAGCUUACCUUUCAGAGACGCUCCAUUGUAGGUUUAAUAGGUGAGACAACAUCUGUCUGUUGUGUUUUUACAU